UCUUCCCCCAAGCCUUUGCAGGCUCCUCCCCUCCAUCAUCGACGGGCACGUCUCCGUCCAGAUCCAGGCAGCAGGCAGCAGGCAUCUUUCCACCGCAGCUCCGCCUCUCUCCCUUCUCCCGCAGGCAUCCCCGUCGCCCUCGUUCCCGCUGGAUUGCAGCCGAGUGGAGAUCCAUCCGGACUUGUGUUGAUUUCUUCUUCUCCUGCCGAUGGCCGCUCCGAAUGGCCCCGCUACUUCUCCGGUGGUCACAUAUCCCUUCUACCCCGCUGGGGCGUUUCCCCAGCAAGCCGGGGAUGAUCAGGCUCAGGGCCCGGGGAUAUAUGCCAUACAGCAGAAUCAACUAGCAGCGGCAAUGGGAAUGGGGUGUUAUGCUCCAACUACACUCGUACCACUCACUUACAAGAUCCCAACGGAAAGUGUCGGUGCUCCGGCUGGUGAAGAGAAUGUACAGAAUGCUGGGCAGCAAAAUGGACCUCAAAGACAAGUUGUUGUGAGGAGGUUUCACUUUGCUUUUCAGCUUGACUUGGCCCUGAUCAUCAAACUAGCAGCAGUGGUCUUUCUGUUUAGCCAAGAGGGCUCAAAACAAAGGCUGUUUCUUCUAAUACUGUUUGCCUCAUUGAUUUACUUAUAUCAAACUGGAGCAAUUACACCUUUUGUAAGAUGGCUUCAGCGGGCAGGAGGUGUGGCCGCUCGUCCGCCGCAGGCUCCUGCUCGGGUGGAGAAUCGUGCUCCUCUACCUGCCCAGAAUGAUGGCAAUGGCCAACCCAAUGAUCCUGCAAACCCUGAUCAAGCUGCAGAGAAUCAGGAACCAGGGGCUGCAGCUGGUAAUGAGAACCCACAAGCAGCGGAGGGAGAAGGCAACCAGCGCAAUUGGCUUGGAGGCAUAUUGAAAGAGGUCCAGUUGGUUGUUGUAGGGUUUGUUGCAUCGCUUCUCCCUGGUUUUCAGCACAAUGAUUAGGCCUCAUCUUGUCACUGUGGAAUAAGUUAUCGGCAGUGAUAUAGUUAUUGUGACAUAGGGAGAAAAUAAACAAUUGUAUCAAGCGGCUCUAAGACGUUUAAGUGUUUAUACAUCAAUAUGUGGUUGUUGUUAAUGUUGUUUUGUCCCAUUUGCUUAUGUUCUCGUUGGUGGUACAUUUGUUGUAGAACUUGAACCUAUCUUGGGAUACUGGCAGUUCAAUGUAAAGAGUAGCCUGAUGCCCUUUCA